UCUCGCAAUCCCUUUCUCUGUGAUUCGUUUUUCGCUUAUUAUCGCUAAUAAAAUGUUGUUGAAACCAUUCGCAGGGAGACUAUUAUAGCGGAAUGGGGGUUAAAACGCACAGCACAGACUUCAGCAGUGGUAAAUCCGAUAUUUCAACUGACUCCAUCACGGAUGUGGAUAGACGCGGAUUGAAAAUGGAUAUGCCGCUGUCCACCACGUACACCGGGGGCCUAGGAGGAUACCCAAGCGGGUACACAUCACAAGUACGACGAUCGCUGCCCAACAUGGCCCAUACAUUGUUGAUCAACGAACCGGCAAAGAUAUACCCGUACCAUCUGCUGAUGAUCACAAACUACAGACUACCAGCGGACGUCGAUAGAUGCAAUCUAGAGCGGCAUCUGUCGGACGCGGAGUUCGAGAGCCUGUUCCAACUGUCCAGGACCGACUUCUACAGACUGCCCACGUGGCGCCGCAGCGAGAUCAAACGGAGGGCGCGCCUUUUCUAAACCAAUCAACACGACGAGAUCACAAAACAAAUUACGACAACACAUUACAACAACAACACACGCUCACAAUCAAGCAGCUGAUCAAAAGAGAAACAAAGAAAAAAACACUAAUUAAAAUAAUUACAACACAAUAGACUCACAGAAGAAUUAGUUAAGAUUUGAAAGGCUUUUAGCGUGGAAGGAAGGACGGGAGGUGUUUGUUUUUUAUUUUGCUAUCGCCGCUACAAAAAAAAAAGAGAAACGGAAACAUUUGCAAGAGCAUCCAAACGACGUUCGAUUAUCGUAAUCUUACACAAAUCUAAACGAAAGAAUAUAAUAUAACAAACAACAAUUUUUUUGAAUCUUGCCUUUCGCUGCCGGCGCUGAAAAUCGUCGCUUGCGUUUCUUUUCAAUUACAAUAUUUUUUUCUUCGUUUUAUCGCAUAACUAUAUUGUUUUUUUGUUUUUUUUUUGUUUGUCCUCGGCGGGCGUUUAUUUCCGCCCGCCGAAGGAGACGAUGGAAACGAUGAUAAUUGCUUAUAUAAUAAAUGAGAUGCUUAAUAUAUUUUUUGUAGGAUUAAGCUAGGUUCUAGGACUAUUUAAAAAGAAAUUACUAAAUGAAUACACACACAUAAAGAGAUGGACGGAAAAAAAA